AUGAUCCCUAGAAUUUUUGCCAGACCGUUGCUAACUAGGCUAUAUUCGACAGGAGCCCCUGUUUCAUAUUUCAAGUUAUUCCCUCAUACGUUCCCACAUGGUGGUCCACCAAAGGACUCUUUCCUCAUCAAUGAUAGGGUGUUGCGUCGAGAGUAUCGUGCAUUACAAAGCGAACACCAUCCAGAUGUAUCCGCAGAUAACGGCAAGUCGUCAGAUAUAAACAGAGCAUAUACAACUUUGAAGAAUCCAUAUACAAGAAUUGCACAUUUCAUUUAUCUCAAUCUGCCUGAUCAUGUCAAUAUUACAGAGGAUCUGGUGGCCAAGAAAUUGAUCCAAGAGUAUCAACAGCAAUCAAUGGAAAAUUCCAUGAAUUACAAAGAAAUGCUCAUGCUGGUAUUGGAGGCACACGAACAAUUAGAAUUGGCCGAGCUGGAACACCAAUUGGAAACGUUGGAGACAGAAAAUGAUGCACGUAUUGAUAGCACCGAAAGUAAGAUCCAGCAUUCUUUACAUGAACCAGUGAUCAAUUGGGAAGAAUUAAUGAUGGACGCCAUUAGGUUAAAAUACUGGGUGAACAUCCAAAACGGAAUUAAAGAAUGGGAACCAGGCAAGCCUGUGCAUUUGACGCAUUAA